AUGGGAGAAAUGGAAGACAAAGAGAAAACAAAAGAAUAUAACAGUGAAUGUAAGCCACGUGUCGAGAAAGUGUACCCCGAUGGUGGUUGGGGUUGGGUCAUAGUAGCUGCCACUGGAAUAUCGAAU